ACUGUUAGCCGACCAGCGUGUUUACAUCACGUGUUGUCAAUGGUAUGUUUCGAUGUGUGAUGCAACAGUUGUCUGGGUUAUCGAUGUGACGUAAUAGAGGAAUUUCCAGAAGCGUCAGAGAACGUCAUUUUCAGAGAAGUAGAGUAAGUGUGCGAGUAAGUUAUAUAUUUAAUAACAACUCGAGAUUUGUAUAAUUCAGAUUAGAAAAUAAAGCAUGGACAUACCCCCGCCUUCGUAUAGUCAAGCAACUAAUCAACAUUCUUCUCUCGGAGGAAGCUUGACUUUUAUAGAUUUCGUACCAAAUAUUAUUGAACAGGGAUUUUUCUCUUCAGAAUAUGAAUCUUUUGGAAGUCUUAUUGAUAAAGCAAAUGCUUGGCUGAGUGAGAAUCCACUAUAUGAAGUGAAAACAUGUGAAAGUGUGGAAUUUAAAUCCAAGCAAGGAAUGCCUUCAGUUGAGAAAAUGACUUAUUUGGAAUAUGGCAAAAUGUACACAUAUUAUAUGAGAGCCUUGAGGUAA